AUGAAGCCAGACACCAGCACUGAAGCCAGUUCGAAACCAGAGUCUACUGGCACCGCAACGCAAACGUCUUUCUCAAACCCACCCGGUGCCACCACCAAUGAUCGGUCUCGUAUGGCCCCUUUCUGGAGCCAGUACCGUCUGCAGAUCCCUGGCCAGCCUGAAGAGAUUCAAUUUCUACCCAGUGACAGAUUGGACGUGGCCGAGACGGUCAGGGAUAUCUCACGGGCUCCUUAUGUUGUGAGGGAGCUGGCUUUCAACUUAGACAUAGACCUCUCAGAGGAAUAUCUUGUGGGAAAGGACCUGGCUUCUAUCACAUACCAGCUUGCGAGCCAAGCGACCGCGGACAUCCCAUUGGAGCUUGCUCCGUCCAUCCUGGAGGAAAUGUCAUUCUUUGUCAAUGUCAAGAUACCGCCCGUUUUGCAGGGACGAGUACAGGAUCUGACUGCAGUCUCGCAAGACAUUAUAGAAGCUCCCGGCACGACGCUACACAAUCAGCCUUACUUCAUACCAGGUGAAGAGAACUCUGAAGCUCAAGACGUGAGGCAAAUGGUCUCUGCCCAAUACUUUGAAGGCGGACAGGCGCGAGGAUCUACCACUAUUUACACAGGCUAUGAACGUAGAAGCCCAAACGACGAGCAGCCUACCAUCACCAGCAUGGUAGUGCCAACUGAGCUUGCACCUUCUGUAUUGACAGAGAUGGCGUUCUAUGUUGGGUCAGAUCUAUGUUGCUCCCUGUCGGAGAUAGCAAGGAGCAAUAUGUCCAAGAUGUCGGAGAGUGUUGUGCAAGCUCAAUUCACAAAGAUCGCAGCAGAGAAAAUGUUUGGCUCACUCACAGGAACGUAG